UGUCUCCUGCGGGAAAGGCUCCAUUUGGGUUCAAGCUGCCCAUAGCAGCAUGAGAGGGGCAGGAGCUCCUGGGGCUGGCACCCGUUGCCUGCUGUAAGCCGCUUCCUCCCCAUGGGGCCGACUGUUUGUCUCCAGGACCACCAGAAAGCAAAGGGAACACAGUGCAAAGGUGUCCAGGGUUGAAAUCAGGGAACUCAGAGGCUGAGUGGUUCCAUCAGCAGCAGUAACGGAGCGGCAGAGAGCAGCGGUGGGGAAUUGGUGUCAGUCCAAGUCCCCAUCAGGCAGCUGAAGCGUCACACAAAUAAGGGAGAAAAGCACUGCAAAUUUUAUUCCAUCUCUCCUUAUCUCUGAUUAAUCCUCUUACGUGCUGAUCUCAUUUUAGCCCGGUGUUGACUGUCUGUUUACUGUAUUCCUAUAGUCCUCGCAGAGAUAAAGAUCCCUCUGGGUCUGUAACGCCUUCCCCAGGGCGAGGGGGCUCCUGCCUGCUGACACCAGUGGAGCACCGCAGAGGAGAGGACCAAGGUACCCAAUGCCCCGUGGUGCCGCUGCCAAACGCCUGCCCUGGAGCCCUGGUACCUCCUGACUGUACCUGGCGCAUGCAAGUGGGGUCCCAUCUCUGCCACAUUCACAUGUGCCCCGGGGAGCCCAUGCCAGUGGCCUGACACACACAGGUGGCGCUGACAUGUGAUGCCGGAGGAGCGCGGCGGCGAUGAUAUGGAAUGUGGGCAGCUGCCUUCGGACACGCUCCGACAGGUGACGGUCCAGCGCCACCCCUGCUACGGGUUCGGCUUCGUGGCCGGCAGCGAGAGGCCGGUGGUGGUGCGCUCGGUGGCAGCAGGUGGCCCCUCUGAGGAUAAACUCCUGCCAGGAGACCAGAUCUUGGCCAUCAAUGAUGAGGAUGUGAGCGAAGCCCCCAGAGAGAGAUUCAUUGAGCUUGUCAGGAAGGCCAAGGACUUCAUCAUCCUCACGGUCCUGCACACCCACCAGUCUCCCAAAUCUGCUUUCAUCAGCGCAGCCAAGAAGGCGAAGCUCAGAUCCAACCCGGCCAAGGUCCGGUUUUCAGAGCAGGUGACAGUUGGCGACACAGACCCAGACAUGUUGAAGAAAGAAGCUCUCCUCCUCAUUCCUAAUGUGCUGAAGGUUUUCCUGGAGAAUGGGCAGAUCAAAUCCUUCACGUUCGAUGGCCGAACCACCGUGAAGGACGUGAUGGUGACAUUGCAGGACCGCCUGUCCCUGAGGCACAUCGAGCACUUUGCCCUGGUCCUGGAGUAUUCCAGCCCGGAGCAGAGCCACCGGUUCCUGCUGCUCCAGGACAAGCAGCCGCUGGCCCACGUUGUACAGAGGACACACUACCAUGGCAUGAGAUGCCUUUUCCGUGUGAGCUUCUUCCCCAAGGACCCGAUGGAGCUGCUACGCCGGGAUCCUGCAGCAUUCGAGUACCUGUACAUCCAGAGCCGCAAUGAUGUGAUCAGAGAGCGCUUCAGCACAGACCCCAAACCAGAGAUGCUGCUGGGGCUGGCUGCCCUCCACAUCUACAUCACUGUCUCGGCCACCCGCCCCAGCCAGAAGGUCUCCCUCAAGAACGUGGAGAAGGAGUGGGGCCUGGAGCCCUUCCUGCCCCCCUCGCUCCUGCAGCUCAUCAAGGAGAAGAGCCUCCGGAAAUCCCUCUCGCAGCAGCUCAAAGCCCACCAGAGCCAGCCUGGCGGCACCAAGGUCUCCACAGCCCAGGCGAAGCUGCAGUACCUGCGGAUCCUGAACGAGCUGCCCACCUUUGCUGGCGUCCUCUUCAACACAGUGGGACUGGACGAGAAGCAGCCAGCCACCACGCUGCUGGUGGGACCCCGGCACGGCAUCAGCCACGUCAUCGACCUGAAGACGAACCUCACCACGGUGCUGUCAGAGUUCAGCAAGGUCAGCAAGAUCCAGCUCUUCAGGGAGAACCAGGGGGUGGCCCGCGUGGAGACGAGCAUCCUGGAUGCCAAGCCACUGGUGCUGCUGAUGGAAUGGCCUGAAGCCACCAACUUCGCCUGUCUGAUCGCAGGCUACUGCCGUCUCCUGGUGGACUCCAAGAAGAUGAUAUUCUCCAGGGCCCCCAGCCAGCCUCCCCCUCCUCAGAUUAUCAAGGCAGAUUACAUCAACGCACACAACUUCCACCGGCCUGCCGCCCCGGGGCACACGGCAAAGAAAGAGAGCGGGUUGGUGGCUGGCUCUGCCCCCAGCACCGGAGCAGCCGGGGCUCCACCAGCCAGGGCUUCCGACUCGGAGCUCAUCAGCUUCUGCUACCUGCACAUGCGAGAGCAGAGGAAGGAGAGAGAGAGCGGGACGGACAUCAAUGAAAACCUGAUAUUUUUUGAGGAAACCCGCCCCAGGACCAAAUCCGACCCCACCUCCAAAAGCUCUGGCCAAGGCUACAACGGGACAGCCAAGGAGUACGACCCGGAUGGCCUUGACCAAGACAGGCACACAGGCAGGGCCAGGGCACACACCAUAGACACCCACCUGCGCAGCGACGCCUCGCACUUCUACUGCGAGUCCUGCCAAGCCAAACUCAAGAGCCGGCUGGCCUCAUGCAAAGGGGGCAAGCCCGGCAGCACCCGGGAUAACAUGGUGGACUUGAUGUCUCUUCCCCCUCCUGGGAACGACGAGGAAGAAGACGAGACGACGUCCCUGCUCCCCGCCAUUGCUGCUCCCCCUCCCGGCUUCCGAGACAACAGCUCGGAUGAGGAUGAUCCCAAGCGCCGCGCGGCUGCCCAGAGCCAGGAGCAGGGCCGGCACCUCUGUGGCAUCCUCUACGAUGAGAUCCCUGUCACACUGAUAGACAACGUGCAACCACGGACGGUCCGAGACCAUGCCCAAGAGCUGGAUGAUGCCCUGGUGUCCACCCUGCAAGCACUGGAAGCCUUGGCUGCUUCAGAGGAUUGUCCGCAUCCCCCUCCACAGCAGACAGCAGGUCUUAUUGUGCUGGCUGCCAUCACUCCCGAGUCAUCCCUGGAUUCUGGCCAUGAAACCAACUCUUCAGAGCUAACAGAUAUCUCAGAGAUGGUCUCUGCCAUGAAGCAGCAUCAGAACGCAGCCUACUUCCUCGCUCAACACAUCAACAAAGAGAACCUCCUGGCCAGAAAGGACUUGCCCUUCCGAAUCCAGAGCUGUGCUGCCCAGGCUGUGCUCACCUCCCCCUGUGCCCUAAGCCUCCAGGAGCCAAGCCCUUCGUUGAAGCCAGCUUUCUCUAACCAAAGCCCCAGCCUCACCAACUGCAAGAGCAAGCAGGAGCAGCAGCAUCCUGAGAGGAGCUACCCCUCGGCCGCCAAGCCAGCACUGACCCCGCAGCUCAGUGAGCAGAGCAGGGGGGCUCCAGUGUCAGGCUCUGAAUGCAAAGGUGCAGGCCACACUAAAGCUGCCUUUGAGGUAUCUCUGCAUGCCACAGCGGUCCCCAGCAUGGAGCAGGCACAGGAUCUACAAGAGAAGAUGCCCAAAGAGGUCCAGCCAAGCUCCAAGCUCCUCCUGGAUCAGAAAAGCGGUGUAACUCCAGCCAUCAUUGCAGCUGCACUGCAACAAGUGGCAAACGCAAAAGGCUCAGCUCCGCAAGUGACAGCAGCCUCAAAAGAGGACAGGAACACGAACGGUACCAGCAGCUGUGCACCAGCCAGCAGCAAGCCUCUGAAACCCAAAGGAGGUCCACAAACCGCAGACACAUCGUGCAACUGCCAGCAGCAGCAGCAGCAGCAGCUCCCUCCACAGCAGCACUGUGAAGACUCUCCAAGUCCUAAAGAAGCUCACGGCAGUAAGGCGGAAGCUUUCCACAGCAGCUCAGGUGAGGAAACGAUGCCCACUAAGACUUCUGCCUCUAAAAGCUACCAGCAAAAAGCAGGUAGGGAUGCUCCAGGAAGAGCCACAAGCGGAGAGCCAGGUCCAAAGGCAGGUGGGGAAGCCCCGAGCCUUGUCUUUCAGAAACAUGCAGCUCCUUCAAACCAAGGGCAGAAAAUGCAACAGGAAAGCUCAGCCAAAGGCUUCAAAGCCGAGAGUAGCAACGUGCACUCUCCAUCGCCUGGUAGCGCUUUCAGAAGCACCAGUGAGGAACCCAAAGGGCCAGUCCCGCUGGUGCACAGAUCCGAGAGCCUGCAGAUCAGCACCGUGCCUUCCAAAAAAGCAGAGAAAGCCCUGGAGGUGACCCAACAAGAGGCUGAUGUCCCAGCGAAACCCAAAGCUCCGAAAGCUUCCUUCAGGCUGAGGAACUUGUUCUCAGCAACUUUUCCAACCCGGCUGAAGAAGGAGACAGAUGAGCGGCAAGCACAGCUGCAGAAGGUGAAGCAGUACGAGCUGGAAUUCCUCGAGGAGCUGCUCAAGCCAAAGAGCAAAGGUGAUCUCCCACCACAGGAGUACCUGCACCCUCCUGCCCCUGGGCGCUGCAGCUGCCAGCUAAGGAGCAGCCCCGUGCAGAAGGUCCCAGGGAUGUCGAGGGAGCAAAGGCGUAGCUGCGACUGCAAGCGGAUCUGCAGGGGGGUGAGGCCACCUCCCAACCACAUGGUGAUGCCAGAACUGGAGAGGAGAGGGAGAGAUAAAGCUAGCAAUGAGCAGAAGCAGGAGGAAGCCAUUCGGUUGACAAGCAUGAGCAGCCCUUCCAAAGGCAAGCGGAUACGUUCCACGAGUUUAGAGUCCAGAGAGUACCGGUCAGAUCCAGAGAACAGCAUGUCCUGUUUGACCACCUGCGCUUCCCGGGGGGAGUGCAUGGGCGCUCCACACUACAGGAAGCUUUUGCGUCGCUACAGCGUCAGUGAAAUAGAUAAGACUGAAAGGACAUCCCUGUCCUCUGACAUCUACCAGAACAUCUAUACAACGAAACAGAAGGGCCCACAGAAAGAACCUGAGCCCAGCAUCCUUUGUCCCCUUCUGAAAAGCAAACUCCAGGAAGCCACCGGAAUGCCUGAACCCUCCUAUGUCCAGAUAGCACAGGAGAAAAAGAACCAGAAGGGUUCAGCAGUGUUCUCUGUCCAGGAGGAGAUGUAUCCGAGUCCUGCUGAGCUGCGGGAUGAAGACAUGGAGGAUGAGAAGUGCUGCUCCAUCCGGUACUGCUUCUACUACAGGAAAUGCGAUGUUGCAGAUGACGGGAGUGAGAAGGAUGAGCUGUCCUAUUCCAUCCCCAUGCAGAUACUCCCAGGAAUGAAACUGGGUAAUCAAAUGGUCCCAGUCAUGAGCAGAACUCUUCAGGUCCUGGAUGCAACAGCCUGUAGCAGUCCCAGUGACAGCCAGACCCAGGAAAUAGAUUUAAGAACCUCCAGUUUUGAGGGGAGCCUGACAAAGAUCAACGCCCUCCGAGGCCAUGCCUACAGCUUUCCCAACGGGUUCCUGCAAGUGCAGCUGGACACCAAUGAGCUCCUGACUAUCCUGAGGCAGUGCGUGGUGAGCCCAGACGUCCGGGACUGCAAACCCUACAUCUCCCAACUGGCUGAGUACAAGCAAGAGCUCGCCCUCAAGUUCAAGGAGUUCCGUGCAUCCUGCCGCCGCGUGGCAGCCGUCGACAAGAGCCCUACCCACAUGCUCUCCGCCAUCACAAGCAGCUUCCAGGUGCUCAGCAGCCUCAUCGAGACGUUUGUGAGGCUGGUGUACGUGGUGCGCUCGGAGUCGCAGCGCCAAGAGCUGCUGGCAAAGGUGGAGGAAGUGGUGAGGAACUACACCUUCCUGCUGAAGGCUGCCGAGGAGUCCACGGCCAGAACGCUCAGCCACCAGCAGGCAGUGGAGCAGCUCAGCCACCAGUCAGCCACGGUUGCCACCGUCAUGAGCACGCUCACGCGCUCCCUGAAGACGCUGAUCAAUAAGUAAACCAGCUGCGACAGCCAGCAAGCCGGUGCGUGCUGUGCGCUCGUGGGUCUCAAAUCGCGUAGGUCUGGUGAGGAUGCGUGUCUACAGGCUCACGUCUACUGGGGUUUGUGGUGGUCACGAUGCUCUUUCGUCUCUGCAGAACGGGUGGUUGCGUUGGGGGUGGUUUCGAGGUGGUUUUGCAUGCCCUGCUGCGAGCUGUGCAACCAGAUCAUCGGGGCUGUCAAGCAGCUGUACCACGUUCGUUUGUCAGUGAUGGUGCUUGGGGGGCACAGGCACCCCAUCUCCACACUGAUGUGGAGGUUCUGGGCCUCACCUGUGCAAAGACCUUUGUCACGGUGGGUCAGUGAGUGAGCAGGAACUGAGCUGACAUCUCCUGGCUUCACUUGGGCAGUUUAGAGCCAAACCAGUGUCUUGCCACGUAAACAGCUCUUCUGCCUCCAGGCUCUUCCUGGCCCACAAGCGCAGCAUCAUUAGCAGCAGAAGGGAUCAGUGGGGUGCAAGUCCCUACUGCUGUGCUAGGGCUUGGGAAGCAGUCCUAGCAUGGACAGGAUGCCAUAAUCCUGGGGCAGAGCUGAGUCACCCUUCCAGGCUCUGCUCACACGGCUUAGGCAAAAGGCAAGGGCUUAAUGAGUGUGAGCAGGGAGGACCCAGGGAACCACGGGGCUGUCACUCUGGCCUCCGUGUCCCGGCAGGUUGUAGAGCAGAUCAUUUGAGUGCCAUCUCGUGGCACACGCAGGACACCCAAGUGAUAAGGCCCAGUCACCAUGGGUUUACGAAAGGCAGGUACUGCUUGACUAACCUGAUCGUCUGUAGCACAGUGAGCUGCUUAGUGGGUGAGGGAACGGCUGUGGAUGCUGUCUGCCUCGGCUGUAGUAAAGCCUUUGACACAGCUUCCCACAGCAUUUUCCUAGAGAAA